UGAAAGAAAGGAAUAUCGAAUGACAAUUACAUUUUUAGUGAUUGAAUAUUUAGGAACUUUAAAGUAAAUUAAUUGUUAGCGAUAAUUGUAAUUAUAUUUAGCCGAUAAAAUGUCUGACGAAGAAAGAUGGAAUAAUCGCAAUAGAGAUAUCUACGCAUCGCCUACGCAUUCAAGCUUUGAGGUUCUCGAUCCGCAUGACCCCACUUUGAGUCGUUUGGCUACCCUUCUGUUCAAACGAACAAAUGAGUACUUGCAAGGGGAAAUUGCUUCUGGAGGUGAUCAUUACAUGUUGCUGGAAGAAAUCAAUCGUUUGGCCAUUACCAAGUAUACGGACUUGCGCAAUCUCGCUGUGAACCUGAAUCGGACUCUGAUGGAAUACAACGACCUCUAUGGCAACACCAUCAAGCCGCUGCUUUCUCAAAUUGACGAUAUUGACAUCAUGGUAGCCAGACUUGAGGAAAAUGCUUAUCGUUUGGAUAGUUACACAAAGCAACUGAAGACCCGCAUCAAAGAAAUGUAUGACGCGAAAUGAUAAGUACCAGAAAUGUAUCGAAUUCUAAACCUA